CCUGCACGUGGCGAGAAAGGGGCGGUGCGCGCUUGCUGUCUACUGCUGAGCGGAGCUGCCCGCGUCCCUGCCUCCUGCCGCGGUCCUCCCGACAUGCCGGAGGAGGCGGGCCUCCCGCCCGCCAAGAGAUUCCGGCCGGGCUCCUGCCCUCCCGGGAGGCGAGUAGUGAUGCUGUUGACGGCUGGCGGCGGCGGCGGAGCCGGAGGAGGCCGGAGGCAGACGCCGCCGCUGGCCCAGCCUUCGGCCAGUCCCUACCGUGAGGCCCUGGAGCUGCAGCGCCGGAGUCUGCCCAUCUUCCGGGCGCGGGGGCAACUGUUGGCUCAGCUCCGAAACCUGGACAACGCGGUCCUCAUCGGGGAAACUGGCUCUGGGAAGACAACUCAGAUCCCACAGUACCUCUACGAAGGGGGAAUUAGCCGCCAGGGCAUCAUUGCUGUGACCCAGCCCCGUCGAGUGGCCGCCAUCUCUCUUGCCACCAGAGUCUCAGAUGAGAAGAGGACUGAGCUCGGGAAGCUGGUUGGCUAUACAGUGCGUUUUGAAGAUGUCACCUCAGAAGACACCAGGAUCAAGUUCCUGACAGACGGCAUGCUUCUGCGUGAAGCAAUUUCAGACUCCUUGCUUCGGAAGUACAGCUGUGUCAUUUUGGAUGAGGCCCAUGAGCGGACUAUCCACACAGAUGUGCUCUUUGGAGUGGUGAAGACUGCACAGAAGAGGCGAAAGGAGCUAGGGAAACUGCCUCUCAAAGUGAUUGUGAUGUCAGCCACCAUGGAUGUCGACCUGUUUUCUCAGUACUUCAAUGGAGCCCCUGUCCUCUACCUUGAGGGUCGACAGCAUCCAAUCCAGAUCUUCUACACCAAGCAGCCUCAGCAGGAUUACCUACAUGCAGCUCUUGUCUCAGUCUUCCAGAUCCAUCAGGAAGCUCCCUCUUCUCAAGAUAUCCUGGUGUUCCUCACUGGUCAGGAGGAGAUUGAAGCAAUGAGCAAGACCUGCCGAGACAUUGCCAAGCACCUCCCAGACGGCUGCCCGUCAAUGCUCGUCCUUCCUCUCUAUGCCUCCCUGCCCUAUUCACAGCAGCUUCGAGUCUUUCAAGGGGCCCCAAAGGGCUAUCGCAAAGUGAUCAUUUCAACCAACAUUGCUGAAACCUCCAUAACCAUUACAGGGAUAAAAUAUGUCGUUGACACGGGCAUGGUCAAAGCAAAGAAGUAUAACCCUGACAGUGGUCUUGAGGUCCUAGCCGUCCAGAGAGUAUCAAAGACCCAGGCCUGGCAGCGCACGGGCAGGGCUGGGCGAGAGGACAGUGGCAUCUGCUACCGACUCUACACUGAGGAUGAGUUUGAGAAGUUCGAGAAGAUGACGGUCCCAGAGAUCCAGAGGUGUAACCUGGCAAGUGUGAUUCUUCAGCUCCUAGCAAUGAAAGUCCCAAAUGUGCUCACCUUUGACUUCAUGUCCAAACCUUCUCCAGAUCACAUUGAGGCGGCCAUUGCCCAACUGGACCUGUUAGGUGCUCUUGAACAUAAGGAUGACCAGCUUACCCUGACUCCAAUUGGAAGAAAGAUGGCAGCAUUUCCUUUAGAGCCCAAAUUUGCCAAAACAAUCCUCCUGUCCUCCAAAUUCCACUGUACAGAAGAGAUUCUGACCAUAGUCUCCCUGCUGUCUGUGGACAGUGUCCUUUACAACCCUCCUGCCCGGAGAGAUGAAGUGCAGAGUGUCCGGAAGAAAUUCAUAUCCAGUGAGGGGGAUCACAUCACCCUGCUCAAUAUCUAUCGGACCUUCAAAAACAUAGGUGGGAAUAAGGACUGGUGCAAAGAGAAUUUUGUCAACAGCAAGAAUAUGCUGCUAGUAGCUGAAGUCAGAGCACAGCUGAGGGAAAUCUGCUUAAAGAUGUCAAUGCCAAUCGUGUCAUCUCGAGGGGACAUGGAGAGUGUCCGCCGUUGCCUGGCUCACAGCCUCUUUAUGAGUACUGCUGAACUCCAGACAGAUGGCAGCUAUGCCACCACGGACACACAUCAGCCAGUGGCCAUCCACCCGUCAUCUGUCCUCUUCCACUGCAAGCCUGCCUGUGUGGUCUACACUUCACUGCUCUACACCAACAAAUGCUACAUGCGUGACCUCUGUGUCGUGGAUGCCGAGUGGCUCUACGAGGCUGCCCCUGACUACUUCAGGAGGAAGCUCAGAACGGCCAGAAGCUGAGCCAUCCCAGAUGCUGCCAGCAUGGCUGGGCCUGGAGCUUAGAUCACAGCUGUCUUCCAAACAGACUCAGAAGCUUGCAGCCAGACUUCCAGACUCCAAGAGCUUAAAAAAGUAUUGAUGAAACUUCUCAGACUAAACCAGGCAGACAUGAUCAUACUUAGAUCAUGAGAAACUGAGGCUUUGGGUUUGACUAGGCAGUUUUGGGUGACUGAAUUAACUUCUGAGCCUCCAUUUCCUCAUAUGUCAGAGAGGGCUAAGACUUACAAGUUCAGAGUAAUGAAGUUUAGAGAAAAUAAACAGAGCGUUACACAGAGAUUUGCCUGGUACAAGAUAAGACAGUCAGUUACUUGUACGCCAUUGUGCUUUGUGAUACUAAUUAGGUUCAGCACAGUCCCUUGAGCUCCUGUGACUGGGAGAGGAGCCAGAGGAGACUACAGAUCCAAUUUGCUGAAGUGUUCUCCCCCUUCUUACUCCUCUCCCGUGAGUCCCUGGGCCCCGUGCAUGCUAUGCAAAGCACUUUGCCACUGAGCCGGUCCCCAGCCCUCACUUCUGCUUUAAUGUUACCUGUACAUCUUUUAACUAGAAAAUGGAAAAAUGGACUCCCACAGAUGCUUCCAGAGUAAGGUGUAUGCUGACCUGCUGCCCCUUAUGGCUCUGGGUAUAGCACAUUGCCUUGUCUGUCUCCAAGCAGAGACCAGCAAGGAGUUCCUUGGUUGGUCCCCAGUGCCUCUGUGGUUGCAUCUCCCCAACAAUGCUUUCAGGAGACUAGCAAGUUGCCUGAAACUAGAAAGCCAACCUUUCAGUGCAGUGGCCUUCUGAAGCCCCAUGACUUUUGACUGAGCACCUACAAAAGUGUGCACAUGAGGGAAGAGUCACACCUAUUUCAAGUGUCUGUUCAAGUCAGAGCUGCUAGAUGGGAAGGAGGAAGGAGACAGGCUUAAUGGCUCAGAAGCCAGAGUGUCAGUUUGUCCUUUCUCCUAUACCUAGUCUUAGUUUGGGUUCUUUGUUUCUUAAGGGGUAAACACUUGAGACAGAGUUUCUUUGUGUAGCCCUGCCUGUCCUGAAAUUUGCUCUAUAGACCACACUGGCCUCAAACCCAGAGAUCAGCCUGCCUUUCCCUCCCAAGUGCUGGGAUUAAAGGUGUGCUCCACCACCUGGCCAGUAUUUUUAUUUUGUUACUAAUUUUCAGUGGUCUGUCUUUGCAGAGAUCUGGAGACAAAUAGCUUUGCUACUUCCUAACCAGUCUCAAACCUUCAUUAUUUGCAUUUGUUAGAGGGAAUUAGAGAAGCCUCCAUAUCCUCUUCCCAAUUGGAAAAGAUUCAUCUUAGCUCUAGGAGCAGACAUUCCCCGGGCUGGUAGUAUAUACCUGUAAUCAAUCCCAGCUGAGAUGGGAGGGGUGCAAGGUCUAGGCCAGCCUGGGCGAGGCCUGGGAUCUAAGUGAAGGAAGGGGGCCACACCUUCAGGGAGAAUGUUUGAACAUAGGGGGAAGAAUUUUAGCCCUUUUGAGUCCAAAAAGCUCUUUCCAGAGAGCAAGGCCUGACUAGCACUUCAUUGCCAGGAUCUCAUUGGUUCACAGCAGUGUUGAGUCUGGUCUGGGCUUUACUAUAACCCUAGCCAUGGACAAUCAAGCUUUUAGUCAGUGCUUCGGGUUGCCUGGGCACUUGUGACUAUUUUGACAAAAUGGUCACAUUAUCAACUUUCUGAACUGUUCUCGAGAAUGUGCUUUCUUUUUAAGUGUAUUUUUUGUAUUUAUGCAAGGUUUAUUUAGCCUUGCUUGGUAGGAGGAACUUUUGUAUUUUUAAAACAACAUUAUGCUAAAGAAAACGAAGAGGCAAAUAUUCCUCAGCAAUGAACAGUUUCUGAUCCUUAGUAAACUAACAGUAAACUAAUGAGCUGCUUUCUGGGUCAAGGGUAGAGUAGCUUGCAGUGGCUGGCUCCAGAGUGAGGCCUAGGACCUUAACUGCUGCAGAGGACUGGGGCUCCCAGAAAAGGGGGUGAUGGGUACAGUUCCUAAAUACCUAAUGUUUCUGUACAGAAAUAUAUUUAUCACUCUAACAUUGUGGAAGAAUUUUAAUAGAGUAUUUAGUUUUUUAUUAAAAAAUUUUUAAAAAUUACUAUUCAACACAGCUGCUCAGGGAUUACAUGAGGUGGGAGCCCCAUUCUGACUCCAUGGAUCACCACAAGAAGCUAAUGCUUACCUUAAGCCAAAGGGACCACACUCUUCAAGCUUUCUUAAGAAAGUGAAAUGUUUUGUGAUUUUACUGCAGUACAACCUGAGCUACUUUUCCAGUUGGCAAACUCUCUCCAACCUGAAGACUCCAGCCUGGACAGAACAGCCUCCAACAGACAGAUGAACUUCCACUACAGCCCUGCAUACUGCAGGUGUUUAUCUUCCCUGUAACCAUGGCAUGCGACACCCAGGACAGCGGCUUCAUUACCAGUCCCCUGUGAGAACCUUUGCACCUCUUGUAACAAGAUUCCAAAACAGAGCAAAGUAUUUACUAUGACAGGAAUCCUUUGUACUCCAGCUACUAGAAUCUGUUUUGAACUGUGGCCACGCAUCUAAGAUGCCACAUGAGCACAUAAGCUAGACUGUACCUGUGGGGAAACAAUUUUAUAUUGAUUGCUGUAGUGUAGAAAAAUAACAAGCAGAUUUGGACUUGUGCUCUAUUCUCUUUGGUCUCAAACAUAAAAGAACAGUUCUAGUAUAUAAUGCUCAAAAUUGACCUUUGACUAUCAAAUCCAUAUAAACUGAAUCUUGUAUAAUGA